AAAAGUAUGACACUGCUUUUAAAAGUUCACCGUUUACAAACAAAAAUGUAAAGCAAAAUAUAAACCCAAAUUUUGAAGAAAGUGAUGUUACUUUCAAUCAUCAAGUUUCUUGUAAAUAUGUAAGCUUUUGGAUUAUAAUCCUCGAAUGUGAAGUUUAUUCGCGACUUAACAUGCAUUUAUACAAGUAUCGGUGUUUUCUGUAAAAAUUAAUCUAGUCGUUUAUCUAGUCAAAACAACCCGCUUUUAAACUUUCAAUACGAUAUUAUACUUACGCAAGUUCUGUUACUAUUUUUCAAAAUUUUGGUUUUUCAUGUUCGCCGACGGAUUUGAUUGCAUUAUGCGGCAAAUUGGACAACGUGACGAAUUAAGUUAAAAAUGUCCAGAAUAAAAGGAACAAUCCUAAUCAAUGUUGAAAGAUAAAAAAUACUGGCGCAGACUCAAUAAAAAAUUCAAGCACGUCAUGCUCUGUUGCGGUCGGAAAAAAGGUCGAGAAACAGCUCCUGACAUAGCUACGAGUCCAAGGCGACAGAAUCCACCUCAUGGAACCAAUAACACAUCGUUGCGCCCCAAAGAACCUCCGUUUAUGGUUGUUCAAGGAGAUUUUCGUAAAGUCAGCGGAAUUUCUAAUGAAAUAUUCCGGCAGAUUGAAACAAUCGAGAACGAAUAUGACGCGUCGACUGCGGCUGCUCUCGAAGCAGUCGAAAGGCGUGGUGAAAUGAUAGUAAGAAUAUUGGAUACGAAGAAUUUGGGAAAAGCUGCCGCCGAAGCUGCGAAAAAGUUUUUAAAUCUGCAGGAUUCCAAACACACUGUAUUACUGGUAGAAAUUAUUAAAAGACCGGGGCAAACGUUAGGAUUAUAUAUACGCGAAGGAAAUGGUCUAGAUAGACAAGAUGGCGUUUUCAUAUCAAGAAUAGCGUUAGAAUCGGCUGUGUACAAUAGCGGUUGUAUUCAAGUCGGAGAUGAAAUACUAGCUGUUAAUUUGGUGGACGUUACACGUAUGAGUAUUGACGAUGUUGUUAUUAUUAUGUCAAUUCCUCGUCGAUUGGUUUUAGCCACUAGGCAAGUUAAAGGAUACCCAUCGACGGGCACUUUAGGAUCCGCAUCCUAUGCUGGAACAUUACACGCUCGUCCACCGGAACCGAAACCACCUCCAGUUGUAGUAAUUAAGAAAGAUCUUUACAAAGAGGACGAAUACGAUGACGACGAUGAUGAAAAACAUUUACUACAUUCGAGGUUCGAAAACAGAAAUGAUAUGAAACGAGAAGCGCACGGUAGAGAAAAAUCUCGAUCUCAAUACGCCUUGGAUUCGAAUGGCGAUCUAGGAACGGAUCUGUAUUAUAACUCUCGGCCAGCAGAGCCGCGACAUCAUCAAACAGCUACGCUCGACCGAAGAUUAGGAGGUUGGUCUUACGCCCCGCAACACAGUAUUCUAGACCAUCAUCUGAAACCGGUGGAAAAUUUGCAAUCUGAUUAUGAUAGAAGUUACCCUAAAACCUUGGAAUCAUUGGCAGAAAAGGUUCAUCCAUUUUGUCCUGGAGGCUCUACGUUGGGUCGACGGACAUCUGAAACGGCAUUAUCUACUAGGUACUCGCAAUCUGGAAAUCGAAGACUGCAGGGUAUGGUUAGAUCGGGCUCGGAUCAGCACCUACCAAGAACUGAAUACGAUGAUUUUAGUCGAACGUUACCAACCCGACAGUCGCACACGUUGCUACGAUCGAAUUUCAGAACUGGUGCAACUACUCCCAGCUACGCUCGUCAAUACAGCGCUGGUGGCGCAAUAUCUUCAUACGGUUCCACGUUAUCUAAAAGGCAUAACGUGGAUUAUGCUUCGGAUACAGAAGCUUCAUAUCCCACCAUAUCAAAGUCUUCGUAUUAUUAUUGUAGAUCUAAUCCAACGCAAGCAAUUUCAGGUAUAUCGUCGUCGACGUUGUCAAGAUUAACUAAAAGCGGAGCUCUGUCUAGGGCAUCGUCGUUACGUUCAAAUUCACUCCCUCGGGAUACGAGAAUGACAAGAAAUCAGCUACCGUCUCUUCCACCGUCGAGCACUCUUUCGAAUGCAUUGAUGCCAAAUUUGAAAUACGGUGGAGCUGGUGGCAAAAUCGCUAAUAAUUUGCUAGAUCAAGAAGAUGAUGGUACUUUGAGCGCUCCAGAGUUACCUUCAAGUGAAAAAUUCAAAAAACGAAUGCUGCCUACUACAAAUGUAUUUACAGCGGAUGAAUACAGAGCGUGGUUGUCCCGAACGCCUUCUACCAGUGCUAUUUACGAUAGACUGAAAAGCAAUAGAGAUUCGUCGUUGUUACGUCAAAAAGGACGAUUUACUUUCAGCGCGGAGAAUUUACCAGAAAGAACUAGACAGUCCGAACUAUUGAGCUAUUCCAAAUACCGUCCUAAUCAACUAGCAUCGAUGGGACCAGUCAGCAUGACGCCGUUGCCAUCGGCUACUAUUUCAACAUUGGACAGACACACUAGAACGUCAUCUUUAAGAAGGAUGAGACAUUUACAAGAAUUAGAAGCUAAACAUCUCGGUAAUCGAGCUACUACGCCGGAUGUUCAAGUAGAUCGAACUAGAGUACUCGAAAUCAACACCUCAGAAUUUACCAAGUAUAAAAUGGAAAAGUCUCAUCUGAGCGACGAAUACUCCCCGGUCAGUGGUUUACUUUGGAUUCAUUUAUUGGCCGGACGUGGACUUCGUGUUACUGCUACCGCCAGUCCGUUGACUGGACAUGGGCCAAAUACUGCCACUCGGGAUCUCUACUGCGUUUUAGAGUGCGAUCGUAUACAUAAAGCUAGAACAGUGGUGAGAAACGGCGAUCUAGUAUUCGAUUGGGAUGAAACAUUCGAAUUGGACUUAUUCAGUAAUCGAGAAUUAGAUUUUCUGGUUUACUCGUGGGAUCCUCAAUACAGACAUAAGUUAUGCUAUAAGGGUUCCGUUCAUUUAAGUUCCUUACUGUACAAAAGUCCUAUACAUCAGCUUGCUUUGAAAGUCGAACCAAGAGGAACGUUGUAUAUUAGGCUGAGACAUACCAACGCUUACCAUACAUAUUUAAGAAAACAAAUCAGACCUUUACUGUCGUCCAGAAGUGUAUUAACCAUCAGCAAUUUAUUCGGAACCGAUUUAGAGACAGUAGUGAAUAGGGAAAGUGGUUCUAUCUCAGUAUCGUUACAGUCUCUGCCUCAACCGCCCCUCGCAGCAUCUGUUCCUAUUAUCAUUCGUAGAUGUGUCGAAGAAAUUGAAAGAAGAGGGCUUGAUAUCAUUGGAUUGUAUAGACUUUGUGGUUCGGCCACAAAGAAAAGAAUCCUCAGAGAAGCUUUCGAAAGAAAUCCUAGAACGAUCGACUUAUCACCUGAUAACGUUCCUGAUAUCAAUGUAAUAACUGGCGUUUUCAAAGAUUAUUUGAGAGAGUUACCAGAACCUUUGUUUACGAAGCAUUUAUAUCAGAUGAUCGUAGACGCUUUGAGCGUUUGCAUGUCUGAUGAUCCACAAGGAAACGCCAAGUUGAUAUUUUCGUUAUUGGAUUGUCUUUCGCGAAUCAAUAGAGCUACUUUGAUAUUUGUCAUGGAUCAUUUAUCGUUGGUGGUAUCGCAGUCUGCUACUAAUAAAAUGUCUGCGCAGAAUUUAUCUAUAAUUUUUGCUCCGCUUCUAAUGAUAAGAAGUGAAACGGAAGAGAAAGAAAUUGAUUUCAAUCAACCUAUCAAUAUAUUGAGAUAUUUGUUGGAAGUUUGGCCAUCAAAAUCAGUCCGGGAGAUAAUUAUUGGUCCAGGCAAGAUUUCAGCAGCCCCUACGGGUCCUCCGCCUCCAUUGCCGAAGAAACCGAGCGUCGUAUCAGGUCACGUUGGGGGUCCUCUACCCAUACCCUCGAAAGGGAUUCGAAAGCCCCCUCCCGCCGUUCCCGCUCGCUCUAUUCAAGUAGCAGUCGCAUCCCCGAUCACUGAAAAUUCCUCUUCGACAUCGUCAUCGGACGGCGCGGGUACGGAAGUGGAAACAGUGGUUAAUAUGCCGGUAUUGGGCGCUGCGAAAAACGACUCCUUAGGUAAAAGUCCGGACGAAGAUAAGCCUCCUCAGGUACCUUUGAGGAGUUCUUCGUAUCAGACCCGUAGUAGUAUCGAUGAUUUCGUUAGUACGCCCGACGAUAUGGACGAAUUUAACGGCGAUAAAACCGAAUCCGCGACCAACGCGUUGCCAUCAAAUAGAACAAACAGUAGUAGUAGUAGCGGCAGCGGUAAAAUUUCCAAAUAUUUAAAAAACGGACAUUCGCAGAAACCAAAAACCUCUUCGAAUACGUCUCUGGAUAGCUUGCAUUCUGACCCCAGCGGUAGCUAUAGUAUUCAGUCUAUAACCACGAGUCAAUUCAAAACAUCUUCCGACACCGGCACUUCCAACGCCAAACCCGAUACGGCUAGAAUAGAAGAAGCGUUAAAACAAAUCAACACUACGAAACCGGUGGCUGCCAAUUUCGGCCAUUCGCGCGUCGACAGCACUAACAGUGUGGCAGAAAAAGUCUCCAAACCAGAUACCAGCCCUUGGGACAGUAUCGUCGAGUCUUGGAUCAAAGAAACCGAAGACUCGUCCGAAAUCAUGACGUCGGCCAUUAGCGAAUCGUUCAAACGUUCACAUAAAAAUCCAUUCUUAGCUGAUCUAAACUCCGAACACAGUGGAUCCACUGAUAGUACACGAUAUAAAACAUUCUCGAAUAGCUUUAGUUUUUGCGUUGAUUCUCCGUCUACCUCCGUCAGUAACGGUUCUACCACCGAUUCUACAACAGAUAGUGCUUCUACAGUCGUCGAAAACGAGACAAGUUCCAAGUUAGAAACAAAUCCUACAGAAAAUUCGUUCUACGAUUAUACUAACGAGUUAACUAAUAAUUCUGUAGACAAUAAAAACGGCAAAGAUGAUGGAAAUUUUGACCGUUCUAUUGAAAAAAAUCAACAAUAAUCACUGCCUAAAAUUUUAAACAAGAAUUCUAGUCUUUACAAUUUAGAUAUUGUAUUAAUUUUAUUCCUUAAAUAAGAAAAAAAAACUAUGCUAGUCAAUUGAACUUUUUCCCUAUUUUUUAUACGCCUGUUUGUAUUACUGUUGUACAGUGAAACCGUUGUUGAACAUUACUCAGACGAAAUUGCUUCAUUUCCGUGUAUUUUUUAUACGCAUUUGUUUUUAUUUUUGUAUGUUUAUCGAUUUCUUUUUACUUAGAUAUUUUUUUGACAUUUUGUUUACAUUUAUCGCUUUUCUUAUCGAUUAAUUUUAACAUUCACAGUUUUUGAUUUUUUGAAUGUAAAUGUCAAACGUUCGUUGAAUUUUUUAUUUAUUUGUUUUUCUAUUUUUAUUUUUCAUUUGAUAUUUCUCUUCUGCAUUUUAUGACGUUUUUACAUUGUUUUCAAUUUUUCGUUCAUUUCUCUUGUUUUUUUUUCUUUUUUAUGUUUAUAUUAUGUAGAAGUAAUUCAUCAUCAAAAUUACGCUUCAUUUUACUAAUUCCAAAGUGAUCGAGAAUUUUUUUCAAAAUUAGAUCGGAAAUAACCAAAAAGUUCUAUUUAAAUUUUAAAACAACGAUAGUCGAUAAUUAAAAACCAAAAAGGUAUGUUUACCAUUAAUUUUUUGAUUUUUUUCAUUCUAUUACCUGACUAUGACUAUUUUGAGUAUCCUAUCCUGUAAGUGUAAAGUACCUACCUAUGCAAUUUUUUUGCUCCAACUCCCCCUGAGAACAAAAAAUUGACUCUUGAUUUUCAAAAUUUGUAUUUCGAACAAGAUUUUGUUGAUGGUUGGUUUCAUUUGGGGAACUUCAGUAAUGAUUGAAAGGCAGUGACAUUUUCAUAGCGUUGUUUUAAGGUUCAAGUGCAACUUUUUGGUUACUCUUAUCUGAAUUUUAGAAAAACAAUGGCAGUUAAAUUUUUAUCAUAUUUCAAAACGCCUAGACAUGAAUGAAUGCAAAAACUUUCACCGCAAUAAUAUUUUUUUCAUUUUCCUGUUUUUAGUGUAUUUUAUGAAUCUACCUACUUUGAACGAUGAAUUAUGGUUUUUGUGGUUUGAGAAUUUUUUUACCAUAUUAAAAAAUACGUGAGAUCAAACAUAUCAAAAGUAAUUUUGAAUGGGUUUAAUUCUACCAAUAUUUCAGCUGGUUUCAAAUUACAUGUGACGAAAAUUGAUUCAAGUUGCAUUUACGUCAUAUCAUUUAUAAAAUGAUGGAAACAUAUCAUUCGUAAUUUCUUUUUUCUUCUAUAAAUCUCGAAUCUAGUCCGUUGUGUGUCCGUUUGCGUCAAUUUUUGAUAAGUGUUGGUAGAAUAUUUAUUGUUAAUGGUUAAGUCUUAAGCAUCGUGGUUUUUGAUUCAACUUUUUUUUUUUGAUUUAGAGGGUUUAGAUGUUGUGUAUUAUGGUAUCCAUUAAAUGGUGUUAGCCUGUAAUAAUAUAAGGAAAUUGGUCUUUUUUUUGACUGUGGCACGUAUUUCUUAUUAGAAAAAUGACUACCUAUCGUUGUUCUGCAUUCGUCUUUUUUUUUCAAUUUGGAAAUUUAGCGCCAAAACUCAAAUUAGUAGGUGGUCAGUGGUUCAGUACAACAUUCACGACUAUGGUUGACUGAAAUUAACUUCUUGAUGACCCGUGUAACGGCGUUGCGUACAGAAAUAUAUAAAUUAGGUAAUUAGCAUUAAAAUGCUCUUUAAAGCUAUGCAAUGAUUACGUUUCCAGAAAAACUAUGAACUUACGUUGUUAAUUGUAUGAUGGUUUCUCAGACUUUAAAAAAGCUUUUAAAUACCAGAUGACAUGACGUGCGAAUUUUAUCGAAUAACUUGGUACCUAUGGUUUUUGUAGUUGUUAUUGUUUUACCUUAAGAUUUUCUCUCAUUUACUUUUUUGAUGCAUUUUUGCUUGGUUCCUCUAAUCGACAAUUUCAAUUAUUCUAGAAUUCUUCCAAACUUUCGUCUUAUUUUUUAUUUCGUUGAAGAAUUUCAUUUCAUUUAUGUUGAUUUUUUAAAAAAAUACUUAUACAUUCAAUAAAUAACAUCGAUAUAUACUUUUAUACGAAUAAUUUUUUAAGCUUAUUUAUGUUGAAUAAAACAAUCAGUAUUAAAAUAUAAUAUUUACAACUUCUUUUUUUUUUUUUUUUUUUUUUAAUUUAUGUACGAGUGUUUAUGUAAUGUAUACCUACCUAAUUAUUAUUUUUCUUUCAACUUUUAUUUCUCAAUUCUCUGAUAAAGUCAUAUUCUAGCAUGUCUGAUGAAUGAUUUUAUUUUUGUAUUUAAUUUAAUAAUAGGUAAUUUCCUCAAUUCCAACGGAUUCGUAGUCAUAAAACCUAAGAACAUUAUUUGCUUAAGUUCCUAUUAUAAAUGUUUCCUUUAUCAUAGUUAUAAUUCGUUUUAUUUAAAAAAGCGAAAUGUUCUGUUUUUAGAAGAAAAAAAAGUUACUGUAAAUGAAAUAAAUAUUUCUUCUGUUUAAUUUGUAUCGAGCCAAAGGCAGCUUUUAAAGCUGUUUUUUAUUUUGGCUAGCACGUAAUGCUAAAUUUCGUCUUGCGAACGAAUAUCGCAAAAUUAAUAGGUCAUGUAGCUGAUUAGUCGUUUUUUUAUAUAUUCCUAGUAUACCGUUAUUUUAUAUUAGAAACGAUGUAAAGUUGAAGAAAAAAAAAUAGUCGAAAAUUGUGUGAUGUAGUUUAUUCAAAUACAAUGAUAUUCAAUUUUUACGAAAAUUAGUUCUCAUUAAUUUCCGAUAGAAAACAAAAUUUUACCAUAUGAUAAUAUGUAUUUGCUAAGCUGUGUAUUUUAAACACCCGUGUAUUAGCUUCUAUGCGUAUAAUUUCAAAUACGUAUGUAAUUAUUGUAAAGUGUUGUAUAAAAAAUAAAAAGGAAGUAAUUUUUGUAAUGUGAAUUCACUGUAUAUGUGAAUAAGCACAAAUCAAGACUGUGAAUAAAAAUAGAAAAGCUUUUGAAA